UAAGAAGAAGAAGAAGGAAAUUAUGUCCGUCGUCCACCACCAGUUCAAGUUAGUUUGAGGUCGAGUGGAAGUCAUGGCAAUGACAAGUCAGACAUCCUGUUCCACGAUGAGUAACCACACUAGGGAGAGGGUCACCAUGGCCAAAGUGACCUUAGAGAAUUUCUAUAGCAACCUCAUUUCACAGCAUGAGGAAAGAGAGAUGAGGCAGCAGAAGUUGGAGAAGGUCAUGGAUCAAGAGGGACUAGUUGAUGAAGAGAAGUGUAUCCGGCGAUCUGAGCAUGCCAGGAAAGAGACAGAGUUUCUCCGUCUCAAACGAACACGGCUUGGAUUAGAGGACUUUGAGUCACUUAAAGUGAUCGGACGUGGAGCUUUUGGAGAAGUGCGUCUAGUUCAGAAGAAGGACACCGGCCAUGUUUAUGCCAUGAAAAUCUUGCGUAAGGCUGAUAUGCUAGAGAAAGAACAGGUUGGUCAUAUUCGAGCAGAAAGGGACAUUCUUGUAGAGGCAGACAGUCUGUGGGUGGUCAAGAUGUUCUACAGCUUUCAGGAUAAGAUGAACCUCUACCUCAUCAUGGAGUUUCUGCCUGGAGGUGAUAUGAUGACUCUGUUGAUGAAGAAAGACACUUUAACAGAGGAGGCCACACAGUUCUAUAUUGCUGAAACUGUGCUGGCUAUUGAUUCCAUUCACCAGUUAGGCUUCAUCCACAGAGACAUCAAACCAGACAACCUGCUGCUGGACUCAAGGGGCCAUGUGAAGUUGUCUGAUUUUGGCUUAUGCACUGGUCUGAAGAAAGCUCACCGCACAGAAUUCUACAGAAACCUCAAUCACAGUCUUCCAAAUGACUUCACGUUCCAAAACAUGAACUCAAAGAGAAAAGCAGAAACAUGGAAGAGGAAUAGGAGACAGCUGGCCUUUUCCACUGUUGGAACCCCUGACUACAUCGCCCCAGAAGUGUUUAUGCAAAACGGUUAUAACAAGCUCUGCGAUUGGUGGAGUCUGGGGGUCAUUAUGUAUGAGAUGCUAAUAGGAUACCCUCCAUUUUGCUCAGAAACACCACAGGAGACUUACAGGAAGGUGAUGAACUGGCGGGAAACUUUGACCUUUCCUCCUGAGGUCCCAAUUUCAGAGAAGGCCAAGGAUUUCAUCCUCAGGUUCUGUUGUGAGAGUGAGCUCAGGAUUGGAGCCACUGGAGUGGAAGAGAUAAAGACUAACCCUUUCUUUGAGGGGGUGGACUAUGACCAUAUCAGGGAGAGACCUGCGGCCAUUCCAAUUGAGAUCAAAAGCAUUGAUGACACCUCCAACUUUGACGAGUUCCCUGAUUCAGACAUUCUCCAGCCUUCUGCUCCUAUUGUGUCCAACCACACUGAGGCCGAUCUGAAGAGUAAAGAUUGGGUUUUCGUCAACUACACUUACAAGCGCUUUGAGGGGUUGACUGCACGAGGAGGAAUCCCAUCAUACAUGAAAACUGGAAAGAGAUAGAACCAGUGGGAUUCAGUAACAUGCUGCUCCUUGCAGUAGCUCUGUUUUUACAAGACAGUAUCGAUCACUUCUUGCAUCUGAAGGAUCCUGCACCAUCCAUUUUCUGUUUUGAUUGACUCAUUCAUGGAUGCGGACUCCUCGUCCUUUAUCUGUAGGACUCAUUCAGAGUUCUUACUAAGGGCUUUUUUCUACUUUACUGUGGUCACUGGGCUUUUCCUUUUUCCUUUUAAGGAUUUAAGAUUUUGCCAAUCAUCUUUCGGGUUGCCAGGUCUUGUAAAAUUUAGAAUGGAGAUAUUUUUUCCAACACACUGCUUCAUUGAAAAGGGCUUGAACAGAAGCUAGCUAGACCCCUUUUUAGGUUUAAAAACUGACUAGUACUCCGUAUACAGUAAGUGAUAUUAAUUGCAUUAGUAUUGGUGGAUCAUUGAUUUACCAUUUUAAAGGACUAGCAUUUGUGGUAGAAUCACCCCAUCUCAGGCUUUUUCUUGUCCGCAUCUGCUGUAAAAAAAGUUCUUACUAUUUUUAAUUGAGAGUGUGACUUAUGCUCAGGCGAUGUUUUAAAAUCAAUACUUUUUAUAGAAUCACAUUCUUCCGCUGUUUCAUGGAAAUUGCUUCCCUUGUUACGCUCUCCAUCAAAGGUCUUGGUGACAAUGGCAAAACAAGUCAUUGUCAUCUGAAUGGUUGUCACUUGUCAUGUUAGAACGCCCUGGAGUUGCAUAUGUUGUCUUCUAUUUGGAUCCUCCUUAGACCAGCAGAAAAAUUUGCCAAUCAAACUAAAUUGUUGUUCUACGAUUUUUACUAGUUUCCCCCAAAAACUUGGGAAAAGUCCAAGCAGACUCUACAGAUCACCAUUUGUAUUGUAUAUUUAAUGGGAAGUUGCAGAUGACCUGGAGAUUCCAAAGUUGCUUGGUGCAAAUGCAAUUGUUUUUUGUUUAUUUAUUUUUUUACAAAUGGGUAAUUUCUAAUCUUUGGUGAACAAGCCAAAUUUCUUGCAUCUUGAGGAGAAUAACAACACUAUUCAGGGAUUAAAAUGUUAUGAGUGUCCACUUACCAAGUCUUCCAUUUUUAUAUGGGGAUACAAUUUUAAAUGCAAAACUUUACCAAACAGACGCAACUUUUCCUAACUUGAAGCAGCAUUGUGUCUGAGGGCUUGAAGCUCUUCCUUGUCUGAUCAUAGAUGCUUUCUUUUUCAUCCUACAUUAAUUAGGAAACUUAAAGUCGCCAUCUAAACUUGUAGCAAAAUGAAAAUCCAUCUACAUUUAGACUCGAAUAACAUUAGUUUUACGUUCCGCAAUGUUUAUUAUUAGUCAGCACAUUAUUGUUACUGCAAUACUUAGCUCAGUAAGCUACCUUUUUUUUUUUAAAUAAAUCAAACAAGGGCAUGCAAAUAAUUUUCAAAAGUGUGGGAGAAUAUAAUAUCUCCUGUACACUGAAAAAUAGAAGCACAUUUAUGUAGUAAGGACACAUGUCUUCUCUUUUUUUUUUUUUUUCUUUUUUACCAAAUUGAAUGUAUCCUAUUGGUAAAAUGAAGCUGGUCCUAAUUGAGUGCUAAAAUGUUCUUAUGUAUGCUUGAACACCUAAGAAUGCUAGAAAGUUGGUUGACCUCUGGAUUUGCCUAAAUGCAUUGGGUAAUGAUUUGGCAUCUAGAUUGAUUGUUUGAUUUCUUUAUUUUCACAGCAUAACAGAGAUCUUGUAUAUUGUUUGUUGAUAAAUGCUGCUCUGCUUGUUUUCACAAGUGCUGAAAAAGUUGCAGAACUAUGAAUGAGUGUUUGUUGCAUUUUAAUCUUGUGAUGCUUUGUUUAUUUGUUUUCCUUAUUCUGGGGUGGCUGUGGCUCAGGUGGUAGAGCGGGUUGUCCACUAAUCACAGGGUUGGUGGUUCGAUUCCCGGCCCACAUGACUCAACAUGCCGAGAUGUCAUUGGGCAAGACACUGAACCCCAGGGUUGGUGGUUCGAUUCCCGGCCCACAUGACUCAACAUGCCGAGAUGUCCUUGGGCAAGACACUGAACCCCAAGUUGCUUCCAAUGGCAAGAUAGCACCUUGCAUGGCAGCUCUGCCAUCGUGUGUGUGUGUGGGUGAAUUAAUCAACACUUUUGAAUACCGCUAAGGUUAAGUGCAGAUCAUUUACCAUUCUAGGAUCACUGAAUGAAAAUACUUGGGGGUGAAUUCAUGGUUAUCGCAUAUCAAUGAUAAAAUCUUAAGUCAGAAGGGGCUUUGUGGAAUAUAUAGAAUUAUUCACUGUCUACAAGAAGCAGGUUAUUUGCUCGACUGCUUUGUAUCUCGUGUUGCUGUAGCUCUCAUGCUGAAAACAAUCAUGAAACUAGUGUGUCAAAGAGGGUGUUGUCUUUUAAUAAUUUUUGCCCUGUCUUUAUACAUUUUAGAACUCACCCAAAUUAAAGGACCUCUUUGUUUUAUUGAAGAUUAACCUAUGCACCUUUUAUUAGUUGUAAUGUCAUGUAUAUUUAAAGUAUACACACACACACACACACUUGUCAAGUUGUUAAAAUGUACACUGAAUGACUGCUCUGUUGUUUGCCUGUGAGUUUGUAAUUCUUUCAUUAAGUUUUUCACCUAACCAGAAGUAGACUAGCCUUAAGACUUUUGGGGAUCUACUUCCCUGCUAAGAGCUAAAGAAAUAAUUACACGACUGUGUUUGUUAUAAAGGAGUUAAUUCACACCGGUGCUUGUGCUCACAAUGUGUGCAAGAGAGGGGAGAUCUUUCACGGUUUAUUCAGAUUGUUAAUUAGGUAACAUCCAAAGCUGAUCAAGUUUUGUUUAAAGAUUGACUGUGAACACAGCUCCAGCUUUUCACCGAUGUCACGUUCUGCUGUGGGAGGUGGAUGUUUGUCCUCUCUCUGCCUUAAGCUUGAGAUGUAGCGCGUGUUUGUGGAUUUUUCCAGUGCUCAUAGAGCACCUUUCACUGAUUUAUUUAACUGAUAGUUUGUUUUUGAGGUGGGGCACAGAUGUCUUGAAUAAAACACCAGUUCAUUUACACAUGUGAGACCCUUAUAUUCCUACUUUCUCAUGUUCCUUCUGUCCUUUUUUAGUUAAGCAUAACUAGUAUUAAUAUUGCUCCUAGGUAGGGUUUGGGAUUUGACUGAAACCUCUUUCAGAUAUAUAGGGACUUUUUAAACCUUAAGUAUUAAACUGCAGCACAUAAAUCAUCCUGCAUGUGCUACAGACAUGAAUGAUAACUCCAAUUGUGCAGCUUGUUCACAAGUUGUGUGUUAUUACUGAGUUGUUGUUUUUUUUUGCCUGGCGGUUAGUUAAAAUAGUUGACAUAAUCCCACAGACUUACAUUGAACAAGUGACCCAAGCCAUAUCUUGGGACAAGAAUAUCAAAGAUUUUGAAAAUGGUAUACCUUUUAAAAAGGUUUUGAAUGUGUAAUUUGUUUCUCUUAAUGCUUUAAUGCUGGCUGUAUGUACAGCUGUGACUUUGAAAUAAGGGACUUCAGGGUUCCCACAUGUCCUGGAAAACCUGGAGUUUUGCAAUGAUGUUUUCCUGUCAUGUAAUAUGAGAAAAAUACCUAAAUGUCCUGGGAAAUUAUUAUUUAUCCUGGAAAAUAUUUUAGAAUUAUAAAACUGUUUGU